GAAAGAUAUGGUCCCACAAGAGAGUCCAAGCCUCACACACGUCACACACACACUCUCACACUGUUUUGUGGAAUAGUGGAUUACUUUUUGAAAUCAAGCCGAUGCGUGAUCAGGUGGCCGCCUGUCUCAGCUGCCUCAAGGUGUGACAUGAACCAUGGAAGGGUAUCGUGGUCCGCUCACUAACCCGCCUCGCAGCCGCCUCACCAGCCGGAGCCCGGCGGGGUCCUGCAACAUGCAGCUGGGCUCUCACUAGUACCAAGUGGGCCCGGUCCUGUCCUUUUUACCGUGGGGCCGGAGCUGCAGAAUGCUCAGUCCUGUCACCCCUUACACAGGUCUGUUGAAGAUGCACUGGUCUCCGGAGCACACCGCCCCUCUGUCUCAGUGGCCUGAGCAGCACCUAGACGUCACCUCCACCACAUCGCCCCCGUCUGUCCACAAACAUGAACCCUAUUCUGCUGCUCGCCGCAAUUACACCCAUACCGGCUACCCUUGGGCCAGUGACGACAUAUCAGCCCUGACAGCUUCUUCGCUCCUCAAGCGCUAUGCAGAGAAAUACUCAGGCUUGGACCUGCCCUAUGAACGUCCCGCCACAGGAGCCUACUCAGAGCCUGGCGCUUUCCUCAAAACAGAAUCUGAGCCUUGGGCUAUCAGCCAGGGCAUCGAGUGCUACCCCGGACUUGAAGCACUAACUGGCGCCAAGGUGGGCUCCAGCAUCCCGGCCACAGGAAGUGUGACUGUUGUGAGCAGUAACUUAGCCUCAGACACAGGCUACAGUGGUGCCGGGCCAUGCAGUGCCCCAUCAUCACAGGACUAUCCUCCUGCCUACAACAGCACAUACCUGUCCUCAGGAUAUUGCCCUCAGCCUGGCACAGCACUUCCCCCUGCCCCUCUUCACACUUUGCAGGCCACACCCACUCUCGUGCACAGCUAUAGCGCCAGCACUCCGAUCUACAACUACCCGCCAGGCUGCUAUCCCCAAAACAGUCUCUCUUCUGGAUACAGCCAUCCCAGUGCCUCCUAUCUACCCUCUGGGAUUAGUGCCCCUACCCCUCUGGCCCCCAGGCCCACUAUGGUGGGGGGCAGUUACAGCUACCCAUCUCAAAGCCUAGGAGGGGGUGCCGAGGCUGGAACAACGCUGAAACGCAAGGCCUUUGAGAUUGGAGAGGAUGGACAAGAGGGAGCCGAGGUGGAGGGAUCGCGCUAUAGAAAGUAUGGCAACGGCGUCAGCAAAGGCAACGGCUAUGACGUCAACGGCUCAGGUUCUGAGCUGCAGGCCUACAAACCCGCAAAGCCCCUCGUGUCACCCUCUUAUCGCGGCACAGGAGAAUACAGCCCCCCGUCCGGCCUGCCUGUGGAGAGUGUGUCAGGGGAGCACAGCUUUUCUCAGCAGAGGAUGUCUAUGAAGAUACCGGCAUCGCACACACAAGCUGAGGACCCCAUUGGAGGCCACUGACGAGAUUCCCUCACGGUUGGAACCCAAAAACACUUGCUCUGAAUAUAAUUUACAACCACAAGAGGGCUCCAGCAAAGUUUAUGAUUAUAGCUCGUCUUUUUCCAUGUUUCCAUGUUUUUCCAAAGAUAGAAGGGGCAUUGGGUCCUGUAAGAUUUAUUCUCUCUAUACUGUCUAUACAUUCUCUGCAUAGACAGCAUUUAUUUUAGGAUCUAUUUAAUUCCUUCCAGCAGCACUGAUAUGCUGUUUUUUUGGUGGCAGUGGAUGUAAUGAUAUGUGGCCCUUUACAACAAUGUACUCUACCAGCCCACAGAGAUCAUUUCUGAACAAAAAGUAAGGAAAGCAAUAAUUCAAAAGGUGAGACUGUCAUAGUAGUUCAGCACAAUCAUGACCGGCUGUCCCUUUUUGCAUUCCCUUUUACGUUCUUGCUAUCCCGCCUCUUGUUUUCCACUCAAUGCUACUGCUGUCCAGCUGAUACAAAAUCAUGCUGCUGAAAUUAAGCUGGCCUUAAAGUCAUUUUAGUGCAAGAUGUCAUUGUUGCACUUAAAGUGUUUUUGGCAUUGACAACGACAGUACAGUAUACUUAAUAGGGGUGUAACGGUACGCCAUAAUCAUGGUUCGGUACGUACGUAACAACAGUUUUAAGGUCACAGUUUGGGUACAGUAAGGGAACAAAUGCAAAACAUCAAACCCCUUAGCUUGUAUGUAGGGGGGUGUAGUUCAGGUGGUAGAGUAGCCGUUUCCCUACGAAGGUUGCUGGUUUGAUUCUCAGUCCUCCUGUGACCAUGUUGAUGUAUCCAUGGCCAAGAUACUUCAACAUGAAAGCAUCAGAAGCAUCUGGGUGUUCAGUACACCGCCCAAUUGCUUGUGAUGCUGAGUCAUCAAUAGGUGAAUGUGGUAACAGUGUCAAAGCACUUUGAGUAACUUGAAAGUAGAAAAGCUAUAUAAGUGAAAGCCCAUGUAAACAGCAUUAAUGAUUUUUUUUUAAUGAAACAUCAAAAAUUCCAAACUGCUGACAGAUGAAACAAUGUCAUUUUCAAAUAAAAUACAAAAAGUAAAUAAGACAGUCCUCAUAAUAUCAACUAUAUUAAAUAAAUAAAUAAAAUGCAUAAAUAUCUACUGUAUGCAUUAAAUAAUAUAUCAGCUUUUCCCACAGGACUGCAAUGCGUUUGUGGCGUCGUCAAAUCGCCAUUAUGUAACUUGCAUAUUGGCCAUGACACGUGUAUGUAAUUUUUAUGGAUGCUGUGGGAGACAAAAAGUGGGCAAAAACAUGAAAAGCAAAACAAAUAUGUUUAGAAACACAACUGGACUUUUUUCUGUCGCUUCUUUUAGUGUGUUUUUUUAUGUCACAAGCUUGACAAGAGCUAGAAGAAGAACUAGAGGGGUCUGAAUAUUGUUAAAUUGUUGCCAAUUUGAUGAUAUUCUGCUACAUCUUCUUAUUCUUUGGCAGACCAGGUGUGUGUGAGGUGUUUAUUAGUGGUGGGCCGCCACAAAUAAACUCAUGGGAAACACUGUAUAAAUUGUUUACGACAGCCGAGCGUUCCGUACUGAAAAAGCCAGUUUCAUAUACACGUACCGUUACACCCCUAAUACUUAGCGUAUGCAACUUUGGGGCAUAUUGUUUACAUGCAGGUGCUCAAAGAGGCUUAUUGUUUAAAAACACUUUUCUACAAGAGGCCAUCUUAUAUUUUGUCUUAACUAUGAGCAACAAUCAUGCAACAUACUGCUGAACUUAGCAAGGCGAGCGACCAGCUGUGUUUCCAUGCGCACAGGAUGUCAAAACUGAAAAUUUGCCUGCUUGCAUACUUUUUUUUGCCUCUGGAAAGGAAAAUUUGUCGUCAUGUUAUUGAAUACUCAGGAAGAAUAUUGAUACCUCAGAGUGAUGAUGAAUAAGAAUGUAUGUUAUUACCGCUUGUAGGGAGCCCUUUGAGCCAAACUGGAGCUGUUGAAAAGCAAAACAUACUCUGAACUCUUCAGGGAUUGACAAUACACGCACACAUGCAUACACAAACACACACAUGCACACAUACGGGAAAGCGGCGAUAUUUAUACCAAGGCCUGAAAUGUUGAAUGUAAUUGAGAUAUUUUUUGUUAAAGAAAGGACAAUACAUGCCAUAAUGUACAUGGAUGACAUUUUUAGAGAUAUGAACCAUAUUUUCUUCAUGUAUAGAUUUCCUCAUAGAUUUUGGUGGAGAGAUGAAUGAUGUUUAUGUGUUUAGCGUGUAUAGUUAGCAGCGGGGCAAAGCACUCCAUGAUGAACAAUUAACAGUAAAUGCUACAAUACACUACGUUCUAUAUAGCUAUGUUUAUUAAAGGUCUUAAUAAAGUCUUUCUGUUUCCUACAUUAGUGGAUUGUGGAAUUGGCACAAGGGAGGAUUGUGACAAUAUUGCUUCAGGUCAUUUUGGGAGUACAUUUAAGAGCGCUCUCUAAUUGGUUGCAAGAUUUUGGCAAAGAAAUAUAAUUUUGAAUUCAGUGUUAUGAAAUUGCAUCUUAAUGCAUCAUAAUCUUUCAUCUACGUUCACAUUUGUGGUUCGAUACUCUGGAAAAUGUAAAAAAGAUACUUGGUGCCCACUUUGGUGCAGUUUGCUUAGCGUUCACGCUGGUAUUUUUGUCAUGUGAGCAAAGACUGCGCAGUAAAAAACAGGCUUUCGUGAUGUAUUGUGUGAUGUAACUCAAAUAUCCCAAACCAAAACGCUGUCUGCUGAGUUCAUUUUGUAGGCUAUUUUUAUAUUCUGCUAAAUUUAGCGUCUUUAGCGUCACCAAGGCCUCUAAAAUACACUUUUAUAGAGCGGCCUACACACACUCACAGUGGGAGAGAGCAGAGCUGAGAGACUUCCGACACAUUUUCUGUUAUGUGUUUGUGAUUUCUGCAUGCUUUUUGUAACUGCAUAAUGCACCGAUGUAUAUUUACAGUGAUGUACACAAAAAUCAACAAAAGUUAAAGUCAAAAAGAAAAAAAGUUUUAAAAAAAGAAAGUAAAAAGUAAAUUAUGCAACAAAAAAAACUGAAUAUAACAAUUCAAAUUACAGAACAAAUUGAAAAAGAAAGAUUUGUUUCUGGUGAAUUUCUCUAGAGCAGGUGUAUUCAAACUUAAUCCACCAAAGGCAUUGUGAAAAAUCAAAGGAUGCACCAAUGUAUAUUUGCAGUGAUAAAGUCAAAAACUAAAAGUCCAAAUGAAAAUUUCCAAAAGAAAAAAAAAUAAAGUAAAAAGUAAAUACUGCAAAAAAACAGAAAUUAAUUAAAAUUUGAGAACAAAUUGAAAAACAACAGAUUUAUUUCUGUUGAAUUUCUCUAGAGCAGGGGGUGAUAUUUUUAUAUACAGUGACGUGAAAAAGUGUUUGCCCCCUGCCUGAUUGUUUUUUUUGUCACACUGAAAUGUUUCAGAUCAUCAAACUAAUUUAAAUAUUAGUCAAUGACAACACAACUGAACAUAAAAUGCAGUUUUAAAUGAAACUUUUUAUUAUUAAGGGAGAGAAAAACCUACAUGGCCCCUGUGUGAAAAAGUGUUUGCCUCCUAAACCUAAUAAGUGGUUGGGCCACCCUUAGCAGCAACAACUGCAAUCAAGCGUUUGCAAUAACUUGAAAUGAGUCUCUUACAGCGCUGUGGAGAAAUGUUGGCCCACUCAUCUUUGCAGAAUUAUUGUCAUUCAGCCACAUUCGAGGGUUUCGAGCAUGAACUGCAUAUCUCAAUAGGAUUCAGGUCAGGACUUUGACUAGGCCACUCCAAAGUCUUCAUUUUGUUUUUCUUCAGCCAUUCAGAGGUGGACUUGCUGGUGUGUUUUGGAUCAUUGUCCUGCUGCAGAAUCCAAGUUGGUUUCAGCUUGAGGUCACGAACAGAUGGCUGGACAUUCUCCUUCAGGAUUUUUUGGUAGACUGCAGAAUUCGUGGUUCCAUUUAUCACAACAAGUUUUUCAGGUCCUGGAGCAGCAAAACAGCUCCAGACCAUCACACUACCACCACCAUAUUUUACGGUUGGUAUGAUGGGUUUUUUUCUGAAAUGGCAUUACUUUUACGCCAAAUAUGAUGGGACACACACCUUACAAAAAGUUUAACUUUUGUCUCACCAGACCACAGAGUAUUUUCCCAAAGGCCUUGGGGGUCAUCAAGAAGUUUUCUGGCAAAAUUGGGCCGAGCCUUUUUGUUCAGCAGUGGUUUUCAUCUUAGAACUCCACCGUACAGGCUGUUUUUGCCCAGUGUCUAUCUUAUGGUGGUGUCCUGAACACUGACCUUAACUGAGGCAAGUGAGGCCUACAGUUCUUUGGAUGUUGUUGGGAGAUCUUUUGUGACCUCUUGGAUGAUUAGUCGCUGCGCUUUUGGGGUAAUUUGGAUUGGCCUCCUCCUGCAAAGGUUCACCACUGUUCCAUGUUUUCGCCAUUUGUGGAUAAUGGCUCUCACUCUUUGUUCGCUUGAGUCCCAAAGUUUUAGAAAUGGAUUUAGAACCUUUUCUAGACUGAUAUAUCUCAAGUAUUAUUACAUCUCAGUUAAGUUAUGUUUUAAUAGGGAGAUGAUCACUUUUUCACACAGGGCAAUGAAGGUUUGGAUUUUUUUUCACCCUUAAUAAUAAAAAGUUUCAUUUAAAAAACAUUUUUUGUGUUCAUUUGUGUUGUCAUUGACUAAUAUUAAAAUGUGUUUGAUGACCUGAAACAUUUAAGUGUGACAACAUGCAAAAAAAUAAGAAGUCAGGAGGGGGGCAAGCACUUUUCACACCGCUGUAAUGCACACUUCAGUAUUUGUCAUUCCAUCAUGUUUUUUUAAAAUGACAUUUUAACAUUGAUCCGGGUCUUAGUGUUGCGUUCACGUUUGAGCUCAAGUAAACCGAACCGCACCAAAGAUCACUUGCAAGCAGAGCGUUGGGUCUCGGUCCACUCGUUUGGUGCGCAGCAGGUUUCGAAUAACCAAACGACCUGUACUAGAAGAGCAAAUGCACCAGAGUGUGAACGCACCCUUAAGUGUGACACAAUGAUCACAACUUCAAACACGUACUGGAACCCAGUAUGUGAAAGUACUUAAGCGCUUAGCUACAAGAACUGAUGCUCUUCAAUGUUCUCUGCAAGCUGUUUGUUCUCAUUCAGUGUCCAACCCAAAAUAAAUUUCAGUGUUAUCUUUUUUUGUUUGUUUGUUGUUGUCAUAUACAGUAUAUCGUGCAUUCACCAUAACCGUUUCUACCUCAUUUUGAAGACAUUGUACAUGGGAGUAUUUAUUUCAUGUCCUUUCAUAUGCCAGUUUAUCAGGAGCAACAAUGUCUCUCCACUUUGACCCGUAAAGAGUCUACCUCAUAAAAAAAUGAAAAUGAAGAUAUCGUACCAAAAAAAGAAAGAAAAAAAAUCUAUAUGAAUCGUAUUUUGUGUGUUUUUUUUAUCUAUCAAGCCAAAAAUGUUUGAUGUUUGAGUGUUGUCUUUCACUA